UAUACUUACGAAAACUUAAGUGUGCGGACGAUUAUUGCAUUUGCAUACUUUUAAUUGGAAUAUACACAAUAUUUAAUAAAAAUAUAUCAUAAUUGGAGAGUAGUUUUAACAGUUGACCGCAAACAGUUUUUACAAAGUUUAUUUUCAACAAUUAAAACUUAAAAUAUAUACAUAUUUAUAAAGAUGUCAACAGAUGAGCAAAAUCCUGUAGUAUCCAACGAUGAUGGCAGUGCUGCGAAAGAAAGCCGAUUAAAUGAGGACGAUGUCGAGUCUAUCGACCUGGAACAAGCAAAGAAAUUCCUUGAAGCCAAAGAAUUGUACUGUUAUGGUUCACGAAAUUUUCUUUUAAAAAACUACAGCGAUGCGGCCGAUAUGCUGAGUCAAGCAUGUGCCCUCUAUGAAGAAUUGUAUGGUGAGCAGUCGAAUGAAUUGGGCAUGCCAUAUUUGCUCUAUGCAAAAUCCCUGAUUGCCUUAGCAUUGGAUGAAAACAAAGUCAUCGAUGUGCCGGACGAAGAGGAACUUGAUGAUGAUGAUGAUGAUGAUGAUGAUGGUGAUGAUGAUGGAGACGAGAUGGCCGUCGAUGCAUCACCAACCGCGAAGAAUGGUAGUAACGGUGCGGCGCCAGCGACGAGUGGCCCCUUAAAAGUUAACAAAGUGAAGAGUGAUGAAAUGGAGGUGGAUUCAAUGGCAAAAGCACCUGUUGCCGCAACGCGCGUUGAGGAUGAUGAAAAGCCAAGCACAUCAAAUGGCGAUGCUGUUGGCGAAGAAAUUGCGGAUGUAGAUAAUGACGCGGCUUCCAAUCUGCAAUUGGCCUGGGAAAUUCUAGAGUUGGCUGACAAAAUUUUCUCACGUCAAGGCGGAGAGGGCAUGUCAAACUUGGCUGAGGUGCGAACGGAACUGGCUAAUAUCGAAUUCGAGAACAAUUUGCCGGAGGCGGCACGUGAUGAUUACAUGAAAGCCUUAAAAAUUUACUGUGAAAUGCCGCCAAACUAUCGACGCGCCAUGGCAGAAAUACAUUACAAAAUCGGUCUCACCUAUUUGAUGCAACAGAUGAACAAAGAGGGCGCUGAGUCGCUGAAAGCUGCAUGCGAGCUGAUCGAUGGUGAAAUCAAGGAGAUGCAAGAGUGCGAAGAGGAGCUCAGCGAGAAGCGGAAGAACAAAAUACAGGAUUUGGAGGAGACCAAGCAGGAGAUUUGGGCGAAAAUAUCCGAAAUCGAGGAGACACAAGCACAGAACGUUGCCGAGGUGCGCGCUGCGUUGGAUAGCUACAUCAAGCCGAUUGGCGCAUCAACGGAUUCAAAUGGCGCAGGUUCCUCCACAGCUGCAGGAUCAGCCUCAACAGUGGGCGCGUCGUCCUCAAGCGCAGCCAAGCCGACAGAUAUUUCACAUUUAAUUAAACGCAAAAAGCCGAGUGAGAAUGCGGAAGCUGAGGUUGGGGCGUCACCAGCCAAACGACCAACUGCCUAAUUAUUUUAUGUUUUCAUGCUGCCUUGUUUUUUUUUUAUUUAUUGUAUGAACUUUUUCGUUUCUUUAAUGGCAACAAAAGAGUGAAAAUUUCGUUUAUAUGUGCACGAAGAGCACAAUUUUUGUUCGAAGAGUUUUUAUUAAUGUUUAAAAAUUAGUUAUUUUUUUGUAUUUUUUGUGCUUUUUUUAUUUUGC